CCCAUUCUAGCUAGUCUGUAAUAGAAGAAAAUGUCUAUGUGGAAUCACACGAGAGUCACUAAAUUCGUUCUCUUUGGAAUCACAGACCAGAAGGAGCUAAAACUUCCCCUUUUUGUUUUGUUUCUACUGAUCUAUAUUGUUACCCUGGUGGGGAAUCUGGGAAUAAUCUUGCUUAUCAGAAGAGACCCUCGCCUUCACAUUCCCAUGUAUUUCUUUCUCAGUAACUUGGCUUUUGUGGAUGUUAACUACUCUUCAGCUAUUACACCCAACAUGUUGAUGGGUCUCUUAGCAGAAAAGGCAACCAUUGGGUUCUCUGGAUGUGCCACUCAAAUGUUUAUGUUUGUUAUAUGUGGGAGCACUGAAUGCCUCCUAUUGGCUGUGAUGGCUUAUGACCGAUACGUGGCUAUCUGCAGCCCUCUGCAUUAUUCUGUCAUAAUGUCAGGGAAAAGGUGCAUCUGGCUGGUCGCUGGUUCAUAUUUCUUUGGCAUUUUCUAUGCAGUUUUACAUACGCUGUUUACUUUUACUUUAUCCUUUUGUGGUCCAAAUGUGAUUAAUCAUUAUUACUGUGACAUUCCCCCACUGUUACAACUUUCUUGUUCGGAUACUCACACCAAUGAGACAGUGAUAUUUGUACAAGUUAGUAUAAAUUGUGUCGGCACCACGAUGGUCAUCUUCAUCUCAUAUGUCUGUAUCCUGGUAGCUCUUUUGAAGAUCCAUUCGAGCAGCAGCAGGCGCAAGGCCUUUUCCACUUGCACAUCCCAUCUGACAAUUGUUAGCUUAUUCUAUGGGACAAUUUUCUUCAUGUAUUUGCGGCCUAGCUCCACCUAUGCAUUGGAACAGGACAAAGUGGCUUCUUUGUUCUACACAGUGGUGAUCCCCAUGUUGAACCCCCUGAUCUACAGCCUGAGGAACAAGGAGGUGAAGGAUGCAUUUUGGAGAGUGUUCAGAAAGACACUGUAG